AUGCGACCGGUUACAUUUUUUAAUCUGUGUGAUAUCCUUACUAGGAACAAUUUGUUGCAGUCGACAAGAGCGGUGAAUGUUAAAGAGCAAGUUCUCAUAUUUUUACAUAUAAUUGGUCAUAAUGUAAGAUUUCGAGUGAUUGGAUCAAGAUAUUAUAGAUCAAUUGAAACAAUUCACCGUUACUUUAGGAUUGUGUUGAAAGCUAUUUUGAAAUUAUAUCAAUUAGCCAUUAGAUUACCCGAUGAGUCAACUCCUCUUGAGAUAAGAAACAAUUCUAGGUUUUACCCAUAUUUUAAAGAUUGUGUCGGAGCAUUAGAUGGAACUCAUAUUCGUGCAUCUGUUCCACCUAACAUUCAAGGAAGAUUUCGUAGUCGUAAAGGGGGAACGACACAGAAUGUAUUGGCUGCCAUUACUUUUGAUUUGAAAUUUACUUAUGUUCUAGCUGGUUGGGAAGGUAGUGCACAUGAUUCUCGUGUUUUAACUGAUGCACUUACACGUCGAAGAGGAUUUAGUAUUCCAGAAGGUAAAUAUUAUCUUGCUGAUGCUGGAUAUGGCAUCCGAAAUGGAAUUAUUUCUCCAUAUCGUGGUGUUAGAUAUCAUUUAAAAGAGUUCACCAAUCAUCGUCCAGAAAAUGCAAAGGAAUUGUUUAAUCUUCGUCAUUCAUCAUUGCGAACCACUGUUGAGCGAGUAUUUGGAAUUUUAAAGAAACGUUUUCGUGUGUUGGAUGCUGAACCAUUUUGGGAUUUUCAAACACAAGUAGAUGUAGUGUUGGCUUGUACUAUCAUCCAUAAUCAUAUAAUGAGAAUUGAUCCUAAUGAUUUAAUUAACGAAGAAUUAUAUGAGGAAUACGAUCCUCAUUCGAUAACAUCAACUCUUACACAACGAGAAGAGAGGGAAGAAGCUAGAGAAUAG